AUGACCGACUUCAAUGUCGGAGAAAUGACUGCCAGAUUUUUACAAUUGUCUGAGAAGACAUUUAAGACAAAUCGUGGAGGAAUAUGGUCCAAUUUCGACCCCUUCAACGUCUUCCCCGCUGUUCUCAUGGCAGUCAAAGCAUGGGAAAGCAAAUAUAGGACAACUCCUUUGCGUGAAGGUCUGGUCGACCUAUUUGGUAAGGACAAGCCUAUGUUUCCGCCUACGACUUCUACGGGCAAUCAACGCACUGUUCGGGUCACAGUUACUUCGACCACCUCGGGUGAUCCUUGCAUAUUUACAAACUACAACCGAAAUAUAUCAACAGUUGCCCAACUCCGCCAGACGAUAAGGAUUUUGAACGAGAGGACGAACAAUCUCAAGAAGCCAAGGUAUGGGAAGCACCGAGCCAGUGCUCUAGCCACUUCUGCCGCGCCAAUCUAUUUCAAGCCGUUCCAAAGGGGCGAUCCACCGAAAUUGUACUCUGACGGUGCCCUACAUGCAAAUCUUCCAGCUGAGUAUGCAUUGUGGGAGACGCAGAAAAUCUGGCCGACGGUGCACCCAGACCGGCCGUCGGAUGAGCUUCACAUUGAUGAUGCAUUUGGUAAAGACCUCAUCAGCUCAAUAGAGGCUCUUGAUUUUGGGGAUGAGCGGGCUGAUGAGUUGGACAAUAUCGGAGGCCUCAUGGUUCAGUCGAGUCACCGUACUGAGGUUCACAUCGAUACUCUUGUAUCGAUCGGAACUGGGCAACAAGAACGAGUAGAUAAGUACCCUAGUGCAUUCGAAGUUGGUGGAUUGAAGCAAAUCUAUCUGUCUCUCAUCAAAGCGAUGGAUACGGAGGCUUCAUGGGAGGAUUUUCGAAAGAAAGGGUCGAGAAAAGAUGUUCACCAGUAUCGACUCAAUGUGCCUAUCACUGGCAAAUAUGUCGCACUUGAUGAUUGGGACCAAAUGUAUCGGCUGGCAGAAGCUGUCCGACAGGAGUAUCUCACAAACAGCCGCGCGUUGAACGAUGUACAGGACGUUGCGUCUCGACUUGCUGCAAGUCUCUUAUUUUUUGAACCUGAUGCACCAGACUCAAGUCGUCUGCAACCACCCGAUAGAUGGCACAGAAUUCACGGACAAAUAUGGUGUCGCUUGCCCAGGGACAGCUCGACAAUUGUAGCACUGACUGACCGAAUUACCGGCUUCUGGAUUCGAGAAGACAAUCCAAAAAUGAGGCUGAGCCACCCAACCCCAGUGCCGCUCAAGGACGGCUGGAAAUCAGAAAUCAGAACGCAAGGCAGACACCUUUCUGUCCCAGCCCUGAUUAAGACUAUGGAGCCAGAUUCAACGAUCACAUUAUCUGUGAGGCUCAAAGACGUGGAGUCGAUUAAUGAUACUCUUCCGACAAGGGAGAGGACAUAUCCAAUCAGCGGUUUCCCAAUCCUGUUCAAAGAUCUUGAAGCAAUGGUCCUGGCCCAAUAA